GGAGGUUGUGCACUUCCUGCUUCCGGAUCCCUUGGCAGAGGUAGGGGAGAGAGAAACGUUGCCUGUUUUACGGUAGGGAGGAACUGCCAGCUUCUUCCUGGAUUGCCCAUCUAAGCUGGCAUGACGCGCCAUGGCAAGAACUGCACAGCAGGAGCUGUCUACACCUACCAUGAAAAGAAAAAGGACACAGCUGCCUCUGGAUACGGGACCCAGAACGUCCGUCUGAGCAAAGAUGCUGUUAAGGAUUUUGACUGCUGCUGCCUCUCCCUGCAGCCCUGCAAGGACCCUGUUGUGACCCCUGAUGGAUACCUGUAUGAAAAAGAAGCCAUCUUAGAGUACAUCCUGCACCAGAAAAAGGAGAUUGCCCGGCAAAUGAAGGCCUACGAAAAGCAGAAGAAUGAGAAGAAGACGGAGUUGGCAGAGUUGAGCAAGGCUGCCAAAGAGUCCAAAGUGAAGAAUUUCCUCGACAAAGAGAUGAGCAUUGUCAGCAAACCUCUCAACCCUUUUGAUCGCAAGGCAGGAGAUGCUCAGCCUGGACCCAGCAAUGAAGACAAAGCCAAACAACUGCCUAGCUUUUGGAUUCCUUCACUGACCCCAGAGGCCAAGACCAAAGUCAUUCCGAAGCCAGACAAGUGUGUGUACUGUCCCAUGAGUAUGAGACCCCUGAAGUUGAAGGACCUGAUCCCGGUGCACUUCACCCCAGUGGAUGCUAGCGUUGAUCGAGUAGGGCUGAUCAACCGGCAGGACCGCUAUGUGUGUGCUGUCACACGAGACAUGCUUGGAAACUCUGUCCCAUGUGCUGUUCUGCGUCCAUCGGGCUCUGUGGUGACACUGGAGUGCGUGGAGAGACUCAUCAAGAAGGACAUGGUUGAUCCAGUGAAUGGAGAGAAGCUGACUGACCAGGACAUCAUCGUUCUACAGCGGGGUGGCACAGGAUUUGCAGGGUCAGGCGUGGAGCUGGAGGCCAAGAAGUCCCGCCCCGUUAUGCAAGCGUGAGACUGUCUUUGUGGAAGAGAGGAAUAGCCAGCGUGCCACUCUAGGCUGCCCAAGACGUGCUCCCUGAAAGCGCCGAACAUUGCAUUGGUUGGACUAGGUUCAGUCUUUUCUGAGCCCGUUUGGAUUUAGUUCACUUGUGUUUAUAUAUCUUCGUUCAUCCCCCACUUUUCAGUGCAUUUCUGCCGCUUUUAUUAACCACGCAAAGUCUUGUUUCAUUUUUUUUAAGUGGAUAUGUUUUGCCAUGGUGACAAUGGACUUUAAAAAUUCUUUGUAAACAGCA